AUGGGCUACAAGACCAUUAGCAAGAAGCUAGGUGAGAAGGAGACAACUGAUCACAGAGCUGCUGUUGAAGGACAGAUAUUUCCACUGGAUAUGACACUGAAUUCAGUUGAUGAUCAAUAUAAGGGCUGUACAGAGAAAAUGGCAGACCUGGUAAAAACAAAAUAUCUUGAGAAGGAAAAAUCUGCCUCAGCUGAAUACAAUAAGACUUGGCAAGAAGGUGAACAGAAAGCUAAGAAAGCAGAGGAUAACCUGCAACAGAAUCAUUCAGUUGCCAUUCAUGUUUACACUAACAAAGACUCUAAAGUAUAUAGUAAUUUCACUAGAGCGACUCGCACUGACAAACAAAAAUACAAAGAGGGGACGUUCAAAUGGUAUUCACUUCACUUUCUGUUAACAGAAGCGAUACAGAUGCUGAAGAAUACUUAUCAUGGUACAAAUCUUAAAUGUGAUGUUCAGAGCAUAGAGGUUCGUUUGAGCUCAUUUUCGUCCUCCUCUCUUGAUCGUAAAGUAAUACAGGGUUUUGGGUCUAAAUCUUGUUUUGAAAUCUACACUUGUGAAGGUGCUAAUCUGACAAGAUACUCUAAGUAUCCUGAAGAGAAAGAGGUGUUGAUUCCUCCAUAUGAGACGUUUAAUGUCACUGCUGUCAAAAACAGGACAGAUCGGCCUGAUCUCUGGUGUGAGACUGUGUUUGUGUUGAACAGCACUGGAACAAGAAGUGACCUGAACUGGUCUGACAUAUCCGGCAUACCACCUCCUCCUCCCGAAAUCGCUGAAGAGGAGACCAUCUACAGAGUCAAUUCUCUUCUGGACUCCCGGCGUCGAGGCGGCCGCCUAGAGUAUCUCGUGGACUGGGAGGGAUUCGGCUCCGAGGAGAGAUCAUGGGUGGACUUCAAUCAAGUUAUAGAAACAUCUCAAGAGUGA